AUGAAUACAUUCAAACUUUUUUUUUUCUUAUUAUUAAAUUUAGAUCGACAUUUUGUUUCAGGUUCACCAUCCAAUGAUUCAUCUUCAUCAGAAUGGUCAACAAACAACAUGUUAAUUUCAUUUUGUUUAAUAAUAAUGUUAAUCCUUCUUAGUGUUAAUAUAUUUUUAUUUAUUAAAUUAAAUAAAAUCGAUCGAAUGACUGAUCGUCUUAUAGAAAAUAAUCCUUUAUGGUCAAAUGGAUAUAUUAUCAAACGAAAUUAG